AUGUCGUCUCCCAGCAACUUCAAGAAGCUGCAGGUCAUCUCCACCUCCAAGGACUUCCGCAAAUCCACCUCCGUCGUUGAGGCGCAGCUCCCCGAGGAGUUACCGGAGGGAAAGGUUCGGGUGUCUGUGAAGUACGCCGGCGUUAACGCGAGCGACUUAAACUUCGUGAAUGGCUCGUACUUCAAUAACACUCAAACACCCUUUGACUGUGGCUUUGAGGCGGUCGGCACGGUGAUGAAAAUCGGCGCUGGUGUCACCAACGUGAAGGAGGGCGACCACGUCGUGCUAAUGCAGUACGGCUGCUUCGCUGAGUUUCUCGACGCUCCUGCGGAGAGGUGCAUACUGGUGCCAGAGCUGAAGCCCGAGUAUAUCGUGCUUCCUGUCAGCGCUCUCACAGCUGCCGUCGCACUUGGCGAGGUGGGUCGCGUGAAGAAGGGCGACGUGGCGCUGGUGACCGCGGCGGCCGGUGGGACGGGUCAGAUUGCGGUGCAGCUGCUCAAACGCGUCUACGGCUGCACGGUGAUUGGCACCUGCUCCUCCGAGGAGAAAACCGAGUUCCUCAAGCGCAUUGGCUGCGACCACGUCAUCAACUACAAGGUGGAGAGCCUCGACAGCCGCCUGCACGAACUUUGUCCGAAGGGCGUGGACGUUGUUUACGAGUGCGUCGGCGGUCAUAUCUUCAACGAUGCCGUGCGCCACCUUGCUGUGCACGGUCGUUUGAUGAUAAUUGGCUCAAUCUCGAGCUACAAGAGCAUUGAGGCGAUUCCCUCUUUUCCUCCUAGCGGGACCUCACUGACGACGUUACUCCUGGUUAAGUCUGCGUCUCUGAAUGGUUUCUUUCUCCCACAGUUCCACGAGGUCAUUCCGCAGUACAUGGCAAGCCUGCUGCAGUACGUGAAGAGCGGCCAAGUGCAACUCUUCUUGGACAAGAAGGUGUUUCAUGGAUUGAGCAGUGUCGCGGACGCAGUUGAGCAUCUGUACUCAGGCACGAGCUACGGCAAGGUCUUGGUAGAGAUCCAGUAG